AUGGAGCCAAUGUACUUAAUUGCUUUAGAACGACGAAACUUGUAUGAUAGUGAUGUUGUAGCCUUUACGUAUUAUGUAGUUCAUUUUAAUUACCGAGGAAUUUUUCCUCAUCGCUGUGCUCUCCUUGAAGUUCUCGGGGCAGAAGUAUUGGACGGAGACGUAAGAGAUGGGGCGUCAACAAUGACAGACUUGGCGUCUAUCAGCGUGCUACUUAGUCAGACGCUGCAACCGGAUUCGUCAGUUCGUCGUAAUGCUGAGGCACAGUUGGGUUUUGGGAACAGUAUGAUACGUCUAGCGGUAAAUGCUGAAACGCCGCCCGAAAUUAGAUUAGCAGCUGCAGUUAACCUGAAAAAUUUUGUUAAGAAGAACUGGAAUAAAGAAAACUGUGAGGUAGAAAUACCCGAUGCUGAUCGGGUGUUACUCAGACAAGAUGUGUUGCACUGCAUGUAUGUUGCUUCGGGUUGGUGCGCAUACUAUUGCUUAUUACGCCUGGAAGUUCUGGUCCUCACCUUUACGCUAAACCAGUGA